AGCAGUGGUGGCAGCAGUGCACACGGAUGGAUUCGACAAUCUGGUAACCUAUAAGCCUGUCAUCAGUUCAGUAUCAGACUAUAAUCAGUCAUUAAUUUUUUUUUCAUUUAAAAAUAAUCAAGAAUAAACUAUUGUUAAUAGCAUAAGCGAACACUUACAGUAAAAGUUGCACGAAAGAUGAUGCAAAGAAUGUAAUGCUGCUCCCGCUAUUCGAAUAUCAACAUUUAAUUAAACAAAUACAAAUAUGAAGGGAUGGUUUGAUGCGUUUCGCAACGAUGGCGGGCCGACGCUAUAUAGCUACAGCAAUCGUACAUCGGUUACUGGGGAUAUUAGUUUGAUUACCAUUUUUGUGUUGUUUGGUACUGUUUUUAUAGCAUUUCUUCUUAUAUUUCCUGGUAUUCGUAAAGAGAGAUUAACAACUUUCCUGACAGUGACUUUAGUAGUUUUCGUAGGCAUGACCAUCAAAGUUGCCCUGCGUGGUUCAACAUGGCAUAUAAGUACGUCUACUAUCAUGAGUUCUUACAGUGCUUUUUCGAAGCAGAGAAUUGCUGCCGAAAUUGGUGGAUACAUCGGUCUUAUGCAUAUAAAUAUUACAUACAGAGUGUUACCUGAAAGUAUGAAUAUCGGGGAUGUAGAGUAUAAUGAAAGAUUUUUUUGGAGAAAACCUCAUGAAAUGGUAAAACAUUUUAAAGAUGCGCUAUACCGAGGCACUCCUUUCCCCAUUGUUUCGCUUGCUGAAUACUUUAGUCUCCAUCAAGAAGGUUUUUCCUGGGGCGUCAAAUAUCGCGUUGCAGGUUACUAUGCAUCAGUUAUGCUUUGGGUUUCUUUAGCAUUCUGGUCAAUGACAAAUCUACUAUUGGUGAUGGUCCCAAGAUACGGAGCUUAUGGUAUGAUUUUGACGGGUCUCUGUAUGCUUUUUACUAAUCUUACAUAUUGGUUACUUCUGCCUUAUGAUCCACUUGUCGCUUAUGUCGAUGGCUCUAUUUUAAUUUUCAAUUUCGGUUGGAAUUAUUGGUUGGUUUUAACUGCUGGAGUUGCAUACCUAUUUGCUGGAAUCGUUAUUACAGUAAUAGACAUGAUGUUUCCGCAUUCAUUUUCAACCAUCAUGGAAGUUGAUUACGACACACCAUAUGAUAGGCAUGUUAUCAUAGAGGAAAGUUUUGAUACUCGUAGUAAAAUUAAUAGGAUUGAAGAUUCUUUUAACGAUCCAUUUAUAAGCCAAGUAUCUUCGCAAUUGAUAAAUGAAAGCAAAGCAAUUGUAAACCAAGGUUGUAUUAAAAAUCUAUUUGGUAUUCAAGACAACUUAAGCAAAAGUAAUUGGACUUACCCAUUCCCGCAAAAACCGCGAUGACUUGUUUGAUAUUUAAGUUGAUCUUUGUUCUUUAUAUAUUUACAUUUAUUUAACCAAUGGAAUUUAAUGAAUAAAAUAUA